AUGGCAGAAACAAUCUACAAAGCUAGCACUACUGCUCCGGUGAACAUUGCUGUAGUAAAAUAUUGGGGAAAGCGGGAUCCUAAAUUAAAUCUCCCUACUAAUUCCUCCCUAUCUGUUACCUUGUCACAAGCAGAUCUACGAACCCUCACAACCGCUACAUGCUCCGUCACCUAUCAAGGUCAGGAAGAUUCUCUUAUCCUAAAUGGCGAACCAUCCGACAUUAAGGGAGCUCGCACGCAGGCCUGUCUACGAGAGCUACGUGCCCGAAGAGCUGCCCUCGAGGCCGAGAACCCAUCUCUGCCCAAGCUAUCCACGAUGCCCCUCCGUAUAGUCUCCGAGAAUAACUUCCCGACGGCCGCCGGUCUGGCUUCUUCGGCUGCUGGAUUUGCCGCCCUAGUUCGCGCCAUUGCAGAUCUAUACGAAUUGCCAAGCUCUCCAACUGAGCUCUCCCUAAUCGCCCGUCAAGGUAGUGGUUCAGCUUGCCGCAGUUUGUUCGGCGGAUACGUGGCUUGGAGGGCUGGCGAGCAGGACGAUGGUCUAGACUCGAAGGCGGUGGAGGUUGCACCUGCGUCGCACUGGCCGAGCAUGAGAGCCCUUGUUCUAGUCGUUUCCGCCGCUAAGAAGGGGGUUAGCUCGACAUCAGGCAUGCAACAGACUGUUGCCACGUCUGAUCUAUUCAAAGGACGUAUUGCAAACGUGGUCCCGGCCCAUAUGGAUGCCAUGGAGGCAGCCAUUAAGAAUAGAGACUUUGCUAAGUUUGCGGAGGUGACUAUGAAGGACUCCAACUCUUUCCACGCGUGUUGUGCGGAUACCUAUCCUCCCAUCUACUAUAUGAACGACGUGUCCAGGGCCGCGGUCAGGGCCGUGCAAGCAAUCAACUUUGCUGCAGGCAAGACCGUGGCCGCCUAUACGUUCGACGCCGGCCCGAACGCUGUGGUAUACUAUCUAGAGGAGGAUAGCGCCCCUGUUGUAGGAACGUUCUACAACCUACUACAAAGUACGGAUGGCUGGAAGGGUGAUGCUGGAUCGUACAGCUCGGCGGCUACGCAGCUAGAUGAGACUACAUCAAGUCUGCUUAAAGAAGGCGUAAGCAGGAUCAUAAUGACUGGCGUGGGCGAAGGACCGAUAAAGACCGACCAACAUUUAGUAUAA